CUGCUCGACAACCCACUGCAUAAGGAACCUGACAUUUGUGAACGCUCACAAUAAUUAUAGGGUAUUCUAAAGUCUAUGAUUGGUAAGGACAUGACGAAGAUGACCCUUCCAGUCUCUUUCAACGAGCCAACGUCGUUGCUUCAGCGAGUGGCUGAAGACCUGGAAUAUGCGGACCUCCUGGACAUUGCCGCUGAUAGACCCGACUCCAUGGAGCGGUUGUUAUACGUCGCUGCGUAUGCUGCAAGCGAAUAUGCAUCGACCAUUGGCCGUGUGGCAAAGCCUUUCAACCCCCUCCUUGGUGAAACAUUCGAAUAUGUCCGGCCUGACAAAGGUUAUCGGUUCUUUAUUGAGCAGGUCAGCCACCACCCACCGAUAGGCGCUGCCUGGGCUGAGUCAACCAAAUGGGAUUACUAUGGCGAGUCUGCUCUCAAAUCGAAGUUCUACGGGAAAUCUUUCGACAUCAAUCUCUUAGGGACAUGGUUCCUUCGAUUGCGGCCGGCAUCCGGAGGAGAGGAAUUAUACACUUGGAAGAAAGUCACGUCAUCCGUUAUCGGCAUCAUUACUGGUAAUCCAACGGUCGACAACUACGGGUUAAUGGAGAUCAAAAAUUGGACAACCGGCGAGAUCUGCUACCUGGAUUUUAAACCCAGGGGAUGGAAGGCAUCCUCUGCCUAUCAGGUGUCCGGGAAAGUAGUAGAUCGAGAUGGAACCCCGAGAUGGAGUAUUGGCGGCCGGUGGAAUGACAAAAUAUAUGCGCGUCAUACUCCCGGGUUUGAGGCGCCGGUGUCUGGCCAGGAUCCCGAAUCAAACAAGACGCUUUUGGUCUGGCAGUGUCAUGCGCGCCCAAGAGGAAUUCCGUUCAACCUGACUCCGUUCGUUAUCACCCUCAACGCUCUGCCGAAUGGUCUCAAGGAGCACCUUCCUCCUACGGACACACGGCUUCGACCUGACCAGCGUGCGAUGGAAGAAGGUGAAUAUGAUUUGGCGGCCAGUGAGAAGCAUCGGGUGGAAGAAAAGCAACGAGCCAAGCGCAGAGAGCGCGAGACCAACGGGGAAGAAUACCAGCCCAAGUGGUUCACGCGAGCCCAGUGCCCAAUCACCGGAGAGGAGUACUGGGCACACAACGGUAAUUAUUGGAAGUGCCGAGAAUCCCACGAUUGGAGUGGCUGUGAGGAUAUUUUCUGAGGGUGAAUAAUGCGUGUGUUUGAUGCGUGGUCAUUCCCACUGUAACUAUGAUUUCACACUGGAAGGAUACAUGCCUCAAUGGCUGAGUGAUUGAAGAUGCUAUGCAUCUUGACUGUAGCAUAAAACUUAUUCAACACCACUUUGCUGGGCCGCAGAUGUCA